CGUCCUUAGCGCCACACCUAGCAGAGCAUCAGAGUAGGGGAAUUACUAUGCCCCUUACCCUCCCCCUCGUUGUAACAGCCUUAAGUGUAUUUCCUUCUCAGCUCGUUUUGUUCCACCACUGCAAACCACGACACGUCCCCGGACCGGAGAGCUUGUUUGGAUAUGGGAAGAACUAUUCAACUUGCCCCCUAUGAAUUUAUAAAAAGUUGCUUUGCUGUUUCGAUUCGCCUAUUUGGAAGCCAUUUAUGCAGAUAGAGAGAAUGGGUUGCUGUUCAGGACGAUGUAUGCUGAUCUUCCUCUGCACUCUCCAAGUGAUGACAGCAUUGGAGAGGCAGGCUUUUGACUUCCUUGGGUACCAGUGGGCUCCCAUCAUGGUCAACUUCCUGCAAAUAAUCAUGGUUAUCCUCGGCCUCUUUGGAACCAUUCAGUACAGACCACGCUACGUUGUUCUAUACCUGCUGUGGACAUUACUGUGGGUGACCUGGAAUGUCUUUGUGUGCUGUUUCUAUUUGGACUUGGGAGGCCUUUCCAAGGAGAGCGACCUGCUAUCCCUGGGUGUAUCCUCACACCUUUCAUGGUGGAAAGACAACGGGCCAGGCUGUGACAACAGGGACCUUCCUGCCACUAGGUGGCAGAGUCUGGAGAGCCCAAAACUCAUCUAUGCUCUGGGAUGCUGGCUGGAAUACCAAUUCAUAGAGGUCCUACAUUGUAUCAUACAACUCCUACUAUAAGUAAAGGCUUGCAAGUGGGUUGAAAAUGACUGACAAGCAAGGAGGGCAGAAGAGGAACGAGUGAGUGAAAUACCUACUUUGGAAGAGUGAAAUCACAUCUCCAGUCACUGAAACAGAAGACAUUCCCACACUGCACCAAAACACAAUUCCUCAGCCUCCCGGCACUCUCUUAAUGCAUACUAGCCUACACCAACAGUUCAGUGCAGUUAUGGUCAAUACUAGCCUGGUCCCAGGUCAGUUUGUGCUUUUGCCUACUCCAUUGUCAUUGUCAAGCUGUUUGGCAUGACAAUUCCAUAAGUAAGUUAGUUGGCAAGAGAGGAGAAACAACAGAGUGGCCCCCUGCAGGCUACACAGUAGGUCAGUACAGGUACAAUCAGAAAACUACUGAUACUUCUGACAUAACAUGUAUCAGUGUACAGGGAAUGGUAUUUGUUGUAUUUUUGGUAUUUGGAAUUUUAUUGGGAUCCCCAUUAGCUGUUGCAAAAGCAGCAGCUACUCUUCCUGAGGUCCACACAAAACACAAAGCAUAAUACAGAAUGACAUAAUACAGAACAUCAAUAGACAAGAACAGCUCAAAGACAGAACUACAUACAUUUUUUAAAAAGGCACACGUAGCCUACAUAUCAAUGCAUAUUCACAAACUAUCUAGGUCAAACAGGGGAGAUGUGUUGUGCCACGAGGUGUUGCUUCAUCUGUUUUUUGAAACCAGGUUUGCUGUUUAUUUUAGCAAUAUGAGUGGUAGCCUAAUGCUUUGUAAUCACCAAGGAUGGGUCAUAAUUUGGUUGAUCAGGCUGCGUUAUCACAUUACUGGAUGAAAACAAAUAGCUAUUAUGAUGUAUUUUACUGUGUCACAGUCAUAGAACUGCCGUUUGACAAAAGUGCUGACAAAUCAUCACCACGAUUCCAACCUGGCCUAUUGACUGGCGAUGUCCUUCAGCUCCACCUAAACACGUGCACAAUGGCGUGCGCGGGUAUUUCUGUGCCAGCGUUUUCCUGUUUGGGUUAUAGACUUCAAUAUGAGUUGGACUUGCCUUUUUAGUACUUCCAUGGUCCACAAUAUAGGAACCAGUUAUUUUAGGUACUGUGGGCCUAUACAAUGUUUAUGUAUGACCCCAGGUGAGGGUUGCUUGAAAGUGAACAAUUUGGGUGGAAAGAAUGGACAAAUAUUUGUUUUUGAGAAAAUAUCACUGAGACAAAAAUGUUCUUGGUCCUGUGCACAUAUAGGCUACUAAACGUUUAUGCACUGUCCCUUCCACCAGCACCAAAAACUACUGGCGUGUUACACUAGUGCAGUGUAGCGCGUCCUUAGCGCCACACCUAGCAGAGCAUCGGAGUAGGGGAAUUACUAUGCCCUAGUCUGGCAAUAGAGUAGGCAAAAGCACAGGUGAAGGAAGUUCCAUGCAAUUAGGGGUCUAUAUAAUACGGUACACUUUCUUGAAUUUGUUCUGGAUUUGGGGACUGUCAAAAGACCCCUGGUGGCAUGUCUGGUGGGAUAAGUAUGUGUGUCAGAGCUGUGUGUAACAAUUUGGGAUUUUCAACACAUUGUUUCUUAUAAAAAGAAGAAGUUAUGGAGUCAGGGUCUCCUCAACUCGUAGCCAAGAGUAACUGGCAUACAUAGUAAACUCAGCAAAGAAAUUAACGUCCUCUCACUGUCAACUCAUACUCAUAAACUGAGCAAGUUCCACAGACAUGUGACUAACAUAAAUGGAAUAAUGUGUCCCUGAACAAAGUGGGGGGGGGGGGGGGGGUCAAAAUCAAAAGUAACAGUCCAUAUCUGGUGUGGCCACCAGCUGCAUUAAGUACUCCAGUGCAUCUCCUCAUGGACUGCACCAGAUUUGCCAGUUCUUGCUGUGAGAUGUUACCCCACUCUUCCACCAAGGCACCUGCAAGUUCCCGGACAUUCCUGGGGGGAAUGGCCCUAGCCCUUACCCUCCGAUCCAACAGGUCCCAGACAUGCUCAAUGGGAUUGCGAUCAGGGCUCUUCGCUGGCCAUGGCAGAACACUGACAUUCCUGUCUUGCAGGAAAUCACGCACAGAACGAGCAGUAUAGCUGGUGGCACUGUCAUGCUGGAGGGUCAUGUCAGGAUGAGCCUACAGGAAAGGUACCACAUGAGGGAGGAAGAUGUCUUCCCUGUAACACUCAGCUUUGAAAUUGCCUGCAAUGACAACAAGCUCAGUCCGAUGAUGCUGUGACACACCGCCCCAGACCAUGACGGACCCUCCACCUCCAAAUCGAUUCCGCUGGAGAGUACAGGCCUCGGUGUAACGCUCAUUCCUUCGAUGAUAAACGCGAAUCCGACCAUCACCCCUGGUGAGACAAAACGGCAACUCGUCAGUGAAGAUCACUUUUUGCCAGUCGUGGCUGAUCCAGCGACGGUGGGUUUGUGCCCAUAAGCGACGUUGUUGCCAGUGAUGUCUGGUGAGGACCUGCCUUACAACAGGCCUACAAGCCCUCAGUCCAGCCUCUCUCAGCCUAUUGCGGACAGUCUGAGCACUGAUGGAGGGAUUGUGCGUUCCGCAUCUUUCUUUUGGUGUUUUUCAGAGUCAAUAGAAAGGCCUCUUUAGUGUCCUAAGUUUUCAUAACUGAGACCUUAUUUGCCUACCGUCUGUAAGCUGUUAGUGUCUUGACGACCGUUCCACAGGUGCAUGUUCAUUAAUUGUUUAUGGUUCAUUGAACAAGCAUGGGAAACAGUGUUUAAACCCUUUACAAUGAAGAUCUGUGAAGUUAUUUGGAUUUUUACGAAUUAUUUUUGAAAGACAGUGUCCUGAAAAAGGGACGUUUCUUUUUUUGCUGAGUUUAUUUAUAUUAGCCCUCUGAUUACAAUUAAGAGCAAAACAUGCUACUCUGUUUUGAGCCAGCUGCAGGUUAACUAUGUCUUUUCUUGCAGCACUGGACCACACGACUGAAAAAUAAUCAAGAUUAGACAAAACUAGAGCCUGCAGAACUUGCUUUUUGGAGUCUGGUUUCAGAAAAGCAGAGCAUCUCUUUAUUACGGCCAGACCUCUCCCCAUCUUUACAACCAUUGAAUCUAUAUGUCAGUGUCACUCUGUAAAAAUAUGCAUUUACACAUACUGUUGAAAAUGGACCAAACCCUAUAAUUGUGUGUCCUACAUUGAUGUUAAUGGAAGAUUUGCAUGAACAUUUGAGUCAUGUGCAAAUUAUCAAAGUUAUGUAUACAGAUUUAUAGUUAGGAUUUGGACCUAUGUGAAGGUAUGAGCGUGCCUGUGUGUGUGCGUGUGUGUGCAGUUCAUACAUUAAAUUCCAGAUAGCAGAGGAAAAUAAAGACAUUUUAUUAAUAAUCUUCAAUAUUGUGAUAGAAAUUAUCUAAAGUCAGGGGUUGUCAUGUAAAAAAGCAUCUUCACAUUUUUUAGUCCUACCUCUGAAUUUUGUUCGAAUUUGCAUGCCACUGAUGGAAAAAAGACCCUGACUGUAUCUUUAAGUGAAUUUUAUUUGAAUAAACUGUGCUUUUCUGUUA